UAACAAUAACAAUAAUAAAAUUUAUCCAAAAAAAAAAAACUUGUUGCUUGAAAUAAAUCUAGCCCCACCACGCUAAUUCAACUUCCAAUCCUUUGUCUCCUCCAUUUUUGACUUCCUACCCAUCUCUAUUUUUCCUCACACACUAAAAAGUGGAAUCUCUCUCUCUCUCUCUCUCUCUCUCUCUCUCGAUCAACUCUGUCUUCUUCUGUAUAUACUCACCUAUAACUUAUAAGAAGAGAGAAAAUGGUGCAAGAAAAUUAUUAAAGCCUCUCAAACACACAAAUGAUCAUUAUUUUCAACCAAGCCCUCCAAAAUCCAAGAAAUUAAACUUCCCUCCCCACCAAGAAAAAAAAAAGAAAAAAACUAAAUGCCAAUGGACGGACCACCACCAUACUCAUCGUCUUCAUCAGCCGAAAGCUCCCCGUUCUCAUCUUCCAGUUCGUCGCCGGCGAAUAAAGGCUCCACCACCGCCGUUGUACUCUCCAUCGAAUGCCUGAAGGGCACCUCAAAAUCCGACGAGUGGACCGGCGACAUGCUCCAGACCGGCGACAUAGUCGAGGAGAUAAGGAUCGGCAACAUGGUUAUCAAAUCGCCGUUCAAGAACGGGAAAACCGGGGUGAAUAAAAUCCUGCACGGUUCGUACAAGCAGAAGGAGACGUCGGUUCGGGUCCGGGUCAGGCGGGGACCCGACGAGUUCGCCCAGCUGCAGGCGUGUGUCGUGCCCGGAGACCAGUUCUUGGGAAGGAAGCAGUAUGUUUUGCGGGCCAUCGACGACCCGAAUUACGCCGUCGGGUUCUGUGAUCGGACGGAGAGCGAGUGCUUCAACUUGCAAGCUUCUAGGACAAUAAGAAUGGUGAGUGCAUUGGAGAGCAUCUCACUAGAGGACGGGUACGUAUCGUACCCGUGGGACCGGAGGAUGCACGAGAUGCUAUCGGUACCAAACUCGAGCAGCUUUUACUCUAUAUUGUUUUUGCCUAAAGCCUCCGACAAUUCCGCUUCUCGUUACAACGAUCUCGAGGACACCCUUGCCCGGGCCCACACUUGGAUCAACGCUUCUCAGGAAUCGGGCGCUCCCAUUGUCUUCAUGAACAUUCAAACCGAAUCUCUACUUACCAAGAUAUCGGGGGACACUGCUUCGUCGAGAGUGAACGCGGGGUCACUAUCGGACUUGUCGAAUCUUGCAAACACGAGCCUAUACGGCUUUGAAGACUACCACGGUGUGGACAUUGGCGUGGUGAGAGCCGUCCGAUUAUGGUUCUCACCUCUCGCGGGGGAGAUUCCGAUCGAGGUCAAGAUCAAAGACACUGACACCAAGCUCGGCUUCGCCAUUAGCCGAACACAAGAGGGAUUCAUUUACAUAUCAUCGGUUAUCCAAGGCAACGACGACGUGCCGUCGUCUCGAUCGGGGCUGAGCAACAUGCACGAGCAAGCAAACCGUACCUCCCGUCUAUUGGUGGUGUCCCGGAUAUCGAACCAAAAGGUACUGCCGUGGAUGGUCUCCACGACAGGCGCGAUCCGGUGCUACGACACAGUUUCUCUGAGCCAGAAACUGUCUCUGCACCGGCACACAAGGGUCCCAAUCAUGAUGCACGUGUUCCUGUGGGACCGCAACACCAAUUUCGCCAACGUGGGGAGCAUCCGGGCCCGCGCCAUGUCCACGUGCACACACUCAUCCCCCAACGAGAUUCGUUUGGCGAACGAGAACAAUGACGACCCAGGGGUGGUUUUGCCGCCUUCUUCGGAAGAUGUAGAGGGAGAUGAUGAUUCGGGUGGUGGCGAUGCGGCGGAGAUUAAGCUGGAGAGGGAUACUGCUGGGGAGUUUUCUUUCAGGUUCCGUGAUUUUGCAGUUAAUAAGAACAAUUGGUUGUGAGUUAUGUAUAAUGUUUUUCUUUUUUAAUUUACAUGUGUUUGUCUUGA